UCACUAAGCUCGGCGUUCUGAAAACUCAAGUCACGUGGUGUAAGCGCACCUAUGAGAGAACUUGGCCAAUCAGCUUUCCGUAUCAGCUGCAGUCAGUGCGCAUGCCCGGAAGCUGUGCCGCAUGUGUGUAUGGGAGGGAGAGACAUGGCGCUGUCAGUGAGGUCAUUGCGACUUAUCCAGCACCGGUUCGGUUUUUCCCCACCUGUCCGGCUUCUUACUGAUGGAGAACCUACAAAAUUCCAGCCUCCUCCAAAACCAGUUAUUAUUGAUAAGACAAAGUCUAAAGAGUCUGAGAGAAGGUUCCUGAGCCCAGAGUUUAUUCCUCCGAGAUGUAGAAAAGACCCUUUAAAAUUUUAUCUUGAGAGAAAAGACAUGAUUGAGAGGCGGAAGGUGUUGGACGUUCCAGAAUUCUAUGUAGGUAGCAUUCUCGCUGUGACUAUGGCAGAUGCCUAUUCCAGUGGAAAAAGAAACCGGUUUGUGGGAAUAUGCAUUCAGCGGUCAGGGAAUGGCCUGGGGGCCACAUUUGUGCUGAGAAAUGUAAUUGAGGGUCAAGGUGUGGAGAUGCGCUAUGAUCUGUACAGCCCCCGUAUUCAGGAGAUACAGGUGUUGAAAUUAGAAAAAAGACUGGACGGCAACCUAAUGUAUCUGCGCGAUGCUCUUCCUGAGUACAGUACAUUUGAUUUCAACAUGAAACCAGCCUUAAGCGUGUCAGAAGGGGAAGUGCCUGUCAACCAGCUAAAAGUCAAGAUGAAGCCAAGGCCUUGGUCAAAGCGCUGGGAGAGACCCAAGCACAAUAUUCAAGGAAUCCGAUUUGAACUUUAUCUCACUGAGCGGCACAUUGAGGCAGCGAGAAAGCUUGCUAGGCCUUGGGAAGAGUUUGAUAUGCUGAAGGAGUAUGAUACCACUAAGAUUGAACAGAAAGUAUGGGAAGAAGUAAACAAAGAAAUUAACAGGCCUAAAGCACCGUAGCCCAAAGCUUGGCUAAUGCAAUGCUACUUAUCUCUGUAAUAUAUAAAUAUAUGUGGGUACUUUCAAUAAAUGUACAGUUUUGUGUUUUCUAUUA